CAUUACUAGGUUAAUCUCGUAAAUUUAAUUUGAUCUCAUUUUUCACCGCUUUUUGAUUUUUUGUUUUCUUCCUUUGGAAAAAUACGUGGGGUUGGUAUUGAGAGGGCGUCGUGGUGGUGGUGGUGGGGAUUUUCUGUUCGGUGGAGAGGAAGGGGAAAGGGAUUUUUGAAAAUUCCUCGCCGCUUUUGGAAGAAUCGAGAAGAAGAAAUGACGCGACCGCUGCUGCUGCUGCCGCUGCCGGCGAUGCAAUUUGUCGGGCUCGCCGGCGGGUGGUGGAACGAGAUCAACGAGUCCACUCAGUGGCAGGACGGGAUUUUCUACACUCUUUCCGGCGCUUUUGCCCUCGUCUCACUGAUUGCCUUGAUUCAAUUAAUUAGGAUCGAGUUGAGAGUGCCGGAGUAUGGCUGGACCACGCAGAAAGUAUUCCACCUUAUGAACUUCAUUGUUAAUGGAGUACGAGCCCUGGUGUUUGGAUUUCACAUGCACGUGUUCGGUUUGCAUCCUAAGGUCUUAACGUUGCUGUCACUGGAUCUGCCCGGGCUCCUGUUCUUCUCUACAUACACCCUGCUUGUUCUGUUUUGGGCUGAGAUAUAUCACCAGGCAAGGAGUUUGCCGACAGAUAAGCUUAGGGUUUUCUACAUUUCCAUAAAUGCCAUAAUAUACUGUAUACAGGCUGUCAUCUGGGUUUACCUGUGGGUUAAUGACAACAAUGUUGUGGAGUUGAUUGGGAAGAUAUUCAUUGCAGUGGUAUCCAUUAUUGCUGCAUUAGGAUUUCUAUUGUAUGGAGGAAGACUCUUCUUCAUGCUCAGGCGCUUCCCAAUCGAAUCGAAAGGGAGAAGGAAGAAGCUUCACGAGGUUGGAUCAGUCACAGCAAUUUGCUUCACAUGCUUCCUUAUCAGAUGCUUUGUGGUCCUUCUAUCCGCUUUCGAUGCAGACGCUUCCCUUGAUGUUCUGGAUCAUCCAGUCUUGAACUUGAUCUACUACACGUUGGUUGAGAUUCUGCCAUCAGCUCUGGUGCUGUACAUCCUCCGAAAGCUGCCUCCGAAGAGAGUAUCGGCCCAGUAUCAUCCGAUACGCUAGCUGCUUUUCCCAUGGGUUUUUUCAUAUUCCGCACAUUAGAUCAACCACAUCGCCUUCAUUGAAAGCCCCUUUUCAUCUUUUGAAUGUGAUGUCGGGUCAAGCGCAAGUGGUGCAGCAGCUGCAGUUCCAAGGAAACAACCCAGAUUGUCUUGUUACUGUAGUAAGAAUAGGCCCAUAAUGGCAGCGGUGAAUGUUUGUAAGCGUUUGUCAACACCGCUGGCUUUCAGGUUGUUGAAGGGAAGAAGCUUCCUCUCUCUUUUCUUUUCUUCUCCUUUUCCAAUUCCCUUUUGUUGCCUUUUUUAGUUUCUGCUAAGGACCGUCUGUAUGCAGUGGAAAGAAUAUUACGUAGAAGAAAAAUCUUUUAGUAGUUCUUUUAGUAGGGCUUUUGUUUCGAGUUAGUUUCUGAGAGCUCGGGGGACUUUAUGUCAGUGUAGUACAAGGAGGUUUGGUUUGCUGAGUUCGGAUCGCAUUCAUGUUUGUUAAUUCGUAAUCUGUUUUAUGUGUUCCUGAUAAAUUUGCCUCUCAUUUCUUGGCUUGAGAUUCAAAUCGCCGAAAUUGCCAAAGCCCGGAUUACUUGUGUGCUUCUUUCGUGUUUUGACUUCACAUGAUCGUCCAUUGAUGUUCGCACUUCAGAUUUUUCGUGUUUCGACUUCGCAUUCUUAAAAUCACAUCUCCAAAGUACAUGAAUUGACGAAAGCUGUAACUCAUGAACUUGAGAACCCUGAACUACCGAACAGCCCCUUUGUGAUACAGAAGAUAUAAAAGGACAUGAAGAUACUUCCAAGCUGAUUUUUGCUCAAAACUGCGACGAUAACCAGUGCCGCAAUGAACAGGGAGAAAGCAUAGAAUGGAAUCAGUCAUUGUUACUUUGUCAGAUAUUUCAAUCAAUUGACUCUUUGAUAUGAGCUAUCAGAGAAUGCCACAAAGCACAGCAAAAUACUAUAUACAUAUUAAAGGCUUCUAAUUCUAAAGAGUAUUAAGGUCUCUCAAGAUAGCUGAAACACUAAAAGGGUGGUUGAGCACUGUAUUUGCAGGGGCGAAAGAGGCGAUUGGGGAGCUACAUUUUGCUUGGUGGCUGUCCUUUCACAUCUAUCAAUCUUCGUGAAGCUCAGGAGCAGGGGGCUGGGCAAAUCUUACGUUGGCUGGCCGUGCAACUACAACAGCAUCAUCAGCAAACAAGGCCUUGAUGAACGAUGGGGUUCUCAGUGGCCGGCGGCCAGUCAUCCGGGGGUAUACAUCCUCGAGAAAGUAGUACGCAUGUCCAGCUAUCAUCCCCUGAAAUCAUUGUAACGAAAAAGUACUGAUUCAGACAGCUAAACAAAACAGGCUGCCAGAGACGAAAACUAGUCAUGUGAUAGGCAUCAUCAACUAAGACCUCUCGCUUGAAUAAGUUCAUGGAGAUACGGCAUUGCAUUUGCCACGAACAAAAUAAGAUCUAUAUGGGAUAUGCAUUUGUUUGGCAAAAGUACUUAUCCCUUCACUUAUAAAAAAAAAACUUAAGUAUC